UCUGAGUCAAACGCAAUUAUUUUGGAUCAUUCGCGGCUCAAAACACAAAAAAUACGGACAUUUGGGCGUGUGUAAAAAAAAACAGUGAGCGUGUUGUAUUUCUAUAUAUCCGCCAAUCUAUGAGGUAAUGUCUGAUUACACUCAAUCAUUUUAAUCGAAAUCAGCAACUUGAUAAUGAAGUAUAAAGUUCCGCAGCUACGAUGAAUAAACACUACAAAAAAUUAUUGUUACUUAUUUUAAAUCUGGAUAAUUGCCUUCAAAUAUUUUUUUCUGGAAAAUAUAUAGUGAAUAUGGCUAACAAUUUAAUUUGUGCAGAAAGUAAGAAAAGCCGCCCUUUCACUGUUAUAGUGGAGGGUAAUAUUGGAUGUGGAAAAACGACAUUUUUAAACUAUUUCAAAAAACAUAAAAAUAUUUGUGUGUUAUCAGAACCAAUUGAUUUAUGGAGAGAUUGCAAAGGGCACAAUUUACUGGGCCAUAUGUACUCGGAUCCGAAGAAAUGGAGUUUUACAUUUCAAUCAUAUGUUCAACUGACCAUGCUGAAUCAUCAUGUCCUUCCAACCCCAUGUCCUGUAAAACUGAUGGAAAGAUCAAUUUAUAGUGCUAGGUAUUGCUUUGUGGAGAAGAUGAAGAGGGAUGAACUUCUUUCAAAGCCAUCAGCAGCUGUUAUAGACGAGUGGUUUCAGUGGCUAACCAAAAAUACACCAAUCAAUGUAGAUCUCAUUGUUUAUUUGAGAUCUUCUCCUGAAGUGGUGUAUAGAAGAAUGAUGGAAAGAAAUAGAUCAGAAGAGAAAUCAGUGCCAUUUGAGUAUCUUGAGAGUUUGCAUCAGCUUCAUGAAGAAUGGUUAUACUAUAAAACUUUACAUCAUUGCCCAGCCAGAGUUCUCACUUUAGAUGCAAAUCUAGAUCUAGAGUCAAUUGAAGAGGAGUAUGGUAAAUUUGAACCACAUAUUUGGAAUCUAGGUAUUCUAAAUUCUAAUUGAAUGAGUUUAGUUUAUUCUAAUUAUAUUUAUUAAUAGGUUCUUUAUUUAUAAUACACCAUCACAUUACAGAAUUUGUAGAAUUAUACUAUCAAUGAAAUCUAAUUUAUGAUUUGAUCUUUGAUUAUCAAGUCUAUCUGAUUUUACCUCUCUUGCAUUUGAAAAUUUGAAAUUUUUACUUAUGUUUUAAUUGGAUGAAUAGCACAUUUUAUUUUUUACCUUCUCUAGUAUUGAUGUACAUAAUAAUUAUAUACCUAUCAUUGUUAAUAUAUGGGUUUUUAUUAAA